CCCCAGUGUUUACCUCAAAUCUGUUCCAUUUUGCGGUGGUGGGUGUGGAAUUGUAUCGUAAAUUGUAAUGGUUGGGAGCUGGGCUGGUUGGUAUUGAUGGGCACAGGGGUGGACUGACAACUCAUGGGGCCCCCGGGCAAUCGGGGAUCAUGGGGCCCUGUGUCCUUGCCCAAACUCAAAAAAGCCUAUGAAAAAGGUACCAGGGGCAUCUCAUGGGGCCCCCUACUGGCCCCGGGCCUUCGGGCAGUGCCCGAGUUUCCAAAUGGUCAGUCCCGCCCCUGGAUGGGCAUUAGAAGAAAAGGCAUCUAGAAGUAGCGAAAAACCUCCAAAACACCCACUAACACCAUGAUAACCUUCUUGUCCAUCAUAGGCAUGUAUCAGUGCAUUAAACCCAAAUGCCUAACAUGCAAACAUGUCCAACAUGGACAAAAACAA